CGCGCAUGGCCAAAGCCGUUGAGACUCGAAAAAUAAAGCAAAACGACCAGGUAAAAGGUAAAACAAUUUCGUUUCAUCGAAAACAGGUACUCUUUCAUCGAGGCGCCAAAUGAAUUUUCGAGGAGGGUGAUUAAUGUUCUCGGCAACGCGGUCGAUUAAUCAGCUGUCGAUUAUGCAAAUUUUUAUUUGGCGCACGCUUCGCGAGAAAGUUACGGUAAAAUUGACCGAAAGAAGAACAAGAAACGAGGCCUACCGCCAAGUACAAGGCGUACAACGUCGAGAUGAAACUUCCACGGAAAAGAGGUUUCUCGGGAGAAUCGGCGGAGAUUUUUGCUUGGUCGUGCCGCACACGAGGCGCGUAUGCAAAGAGAGGCCGAGACGGCCUCAUAACGUACCGUAAUAUGCACACUUUCUUAAAAUCCACAUAUCAAGUAGACAUCGUCUGGAGGGUCCAGAUUACAGCGCGACAAAAAGCCAAGUCGUCCCACUUUUCUCUAAUUCGCGUGAAGGAGCAGCCGCAGAACGGUGCAUUAUGUCCCCGGAACUCGCACAUCAAAGUGAGUUCACCAGCGCCGACCUGCACCUUUUUAUCCGACGCGACUCUUCUUUGAAAACUCUUCUCAGAGCUCGUAGUCCGCGAAUCAACAGAAAUAUUAUUCUCUCCGGUCGAGGACACAAAAAGAAGCAGCGAGAGUUGCGCGUUGAAAGGCAUAUUUAACCCUGUCUUGUGCAGGUUGACGAGCAUCAAAGAGGAAAAUCCAGUGGGUUACGCUGAACGUGGAAAGAACGCUACCUAAAAAUAGAGAAUCGCACGAAACGCGUGUGGUACCGACGACGACCUCGCCCCAAAAAGGGGAAGGGACGAAGGAGGGCUGACAAUGAGCACGGUAGGAAACAGGAGAUCCAGCCGACAGUGUGACAUUUCAGUGAUUUAGCGAGACGA